GAGACGGCUCUGCGGCAGCUGGUGGCGCAGGUGGCUUGCGUGGACGCGGACAGAGGCGGCCGGCCCGCCACCGCAGCCUCAGCGCCCGCGGCCCGGGCAGGCGCGUCGGGGCACCCCGAGGCAUCCUCCCCCUCCCGCCACCGCGGGAGCCGCGGCUCCCGUCCGCCCUCCCGCAUCCCCUCACAGUCCGCACCGCCGCACCUCCUCCUUGGGCUUCGGACCCUCGGCCUCGCCCCUGAAACAUGACUCGCGACUUCAAACCUGGGGACCUCAUCUUCGCCAAGAUGAAAGGUUAUCCUCAUUGGCCAGCUCGAGUAGAUGAAGUUCCUGAUGGAGCGGUAAAACCACCCACAAACAAACUACCGAUUUUCUUUUUUGGAACUCAUGAGACUGCUUUUUUAGGCCCAAAGGACAUAUUUCCUUACUCAGAAAAUAAGGAAAAGUACGGCAAACCAAAUAAACGAAAAGGCUUUAAUGAAGGUUUAUGGGAGAUAGAUAACAAUCCGAAAGUGAAAUUUUCAAGUCAACAGGCAUCAGCUAAACAGUCUAAUGCGUCAUCUGAUGUUGAAGUUGAAGAAAAAGAAACAAGUGUUUCAAAGGAAGAUACCGACCAUGAAGAAAAAGCCAGCAAUGAGGAUGUGACUAAAGCAAUUGACAUAACCACUCCAAAAGCUGCCAGAAGAGGGAGGAAGAGAAAGGCAGAAAAACAAGUAGAAACUGAGGAGGCUGGAGUAGUGACUACAGCAACAGCAUCUGCUAACCUAAAAGUGAGUCCUAAAAGAGGACGACCUGCAGCCACAGAGGUCAAGAUUCCAAAACCAAGAGGCAGACCCAAAAUGGUAAAACAACCUUGUCCUUCAGAGAGUGACAUGAUAACUGAAGAAGACAAAAGCAAGAAAAAGGGGCAAGAGGAAAAACAACCUAAAAAACAGCUUAAAAAGGAUGAAGAGGGCCAGAAGGAAGAAGAAAAGCCAAGAAAAGAGCCAGAUAAAAAAGAGGGGAAAAAGGAAGCUGAAUCAAAAAGGAAAAAUUUAGCCAAAACAGGGGUUACAUCAACCUCUGAUUCUGAAGAAGAAGGAGAUGAUCAAGAAGGUGAAAAGAAGAGAAAAGGUGGAAGAAACUUUCAAACUGCUCAUAGAAGGAAUAUGCUCAAAGGACAACAUGAGAAAGAGGUUGCAGAUAGAAAACGCAAGCAAGAAGAACAAAUGGAAACUGAGCAGCAGAAUAAAGAUGAAGGAAAGAAGCCAGAAGUUAAGAAAGUGGAGAAGAAGCGAGAAACAUCAAUGGAUUCUCGACUUCAAAGGAUACAUGCUGAAAUUAAAAAUUCACUCAAAAUUGAUAAUCUUGAUGUCAACAGAUGUAUUGAGGCUUUGGAUGAACUGGCUUCACUUCAGGUCACAAUGCAACAAGCUCAAAAACACACAGAGAUGAUUACAACACUGAAAAAAAUACGGCGAUUCAAAGUUAGUCAGGUUAUCAUGGAAAAGUCUACAAUGUUGUAUAACAAGUUUAAGAACAUGUUUUUGGUUGGUGAAGGAGAUUCUGUGAUCACACAAGUGCUGAACAAAUCUCUUGCCGAACAAAGACAGCAUGAGGAAGCAAAUAAAACCAAAGAUCAAGGGAAGAAAGGGCCAAACAAAAAGCUAGAAAAGGAACAAACAGGUUCAAAGACUCUAAAUGGAGGAUCGGAUGCUCAAGACAGUAAUCAACCACAACACAAUGGAGACAGCAAUGAAGAAAGCAAAGACAACCACGAGGCCAGCAGUAAGAAAAAGCCAUCCAGUGAAGAGAGAGAGACUGAAAUAUCUCUGAAGGAUUCUACACUAGAUAACUAG